AUGUGCACAGAGGGAUGGCUACAAUGGCAGAGAAUUUUUGGAGACAGACCUACUUGUAGGAACUGUGAUGAUAACUGUAACAGCAACAUCCUGAAAGACAUCAUAGAUGAGAAAAAACUGACAUCAGGAUACUUUGGAUUUAACAAGAAACCUGGGAAAUGUAGCCAUGGAGAUUUCUUAGACUUUUCAAGUUUAUUAGAACCUAGAGGUGGAAUCAAUAAAGAUACACACUCAUCCAGCCAUGGUUACCUUCAUGAGGCUGCUGCAAGAGUGGCUAUUGCUGCGACCAGAGAACUACUGGAGGACAUUAGAGGUUCAUUGGGAGAUUCUAACUUUUUGAGAUUGAUGGGAUUCUCUCAGAGUUCAGUUCUUUGCUUUGCAAUUGAUACCACAGGCAGCAUGGGAGAUGACAUUGAUGAAGUACGACGAGUCACUUCUGACAUCACAGACAGAAUGAGAGACACUGUGUCAGAGUACAUUCUGGUGCCAUUUAAUGACCCUGACUUUGGACCACUAAUAAGAACAACAGACCCUGAUGAGUUCAAAUUACAGAUUAAUGCCCUUGAACCCCAUGAUGGAGGAGACACACCAGAGCUCUGCCUCUCAGGACUCCGGCUGGCUCUGACUGGCUCACCUCCCCAGACCAAGAUAUUUGUUUUCACGGAUGCGGAUGCAAAGGACAAAGAGUUAAAAAGCACUAUAUUGGCAUUGAUUGAAAGCACAAAGUCUGUAGUGAACUUCAUGUUGACUAAUGGUCUUGCUGCCCGUCGGAGAAGGAGUGAGGAUCUGAAUCAAGGACAGAAUCAGCAUUACUCCACCAGGAUCUCCAAUCCCUUAAAUCAGGUUUAUGAGGAUUUAGCGCUGGCCUCUGGAGGGCAGGCGAUUGAAGUUACCAAAGCAACACUUCCUCAAGCCACCAGAAUUAUAGUGGAUGCUUCCACGUCUUCUCUAGUAACUGUUUUCCAAGCCGUAAGGAACCCAGGAAAAGAAGAAUCCUUCUCUUUCAUUGUGGACGACUCACUGAAAAAUAUGUCUAUCUAUAUUACAGGCACUUCUCUAGUGUUCAACAUCACAAGCCCAUCAGGCGAUUCUCAGACCAAUGAAGAAUUAAACGGAACACUAGGGUUGGUUGAGCAUGUUGGCAACUUUUACACAGUGCGUCUGACUAUACUUGAUCAAGUAGGCCUAUGGAACAUCAAAAUGAGCUCAUUACAGCCCUACACCAUCAAAGUCCUUGGCCAAAGUGACAUUGACUUCCUCUUCAACUUCGUGGAGCUAAGUGAAGGUGCUCAUUCAGGCUACAGUGUAUUGAGUGGCAGACUCCCAGCAAACCGUAAUGUUACACUGUUGCUCACCAUCAUGGGUGGGGACACUGUUACCCCCACUGAGGUGGCUCUUGUGAAAUCAUCAGAUUCCCAGAGUAUUAAUGGAACUCUAGAAAAGCUUGCAGAUGGGAAAUUCUUAGUCACAGUGAACAGUGUCCCCGCCGGAGAAUUUGUUGUCCGUGUGAUGGGGGAGAGGAGUUCCUCACGUUCAUCAAACGGUCGCUUUCAAAGGCAGUCCAUCACUCAACAAAGAACUUCAAGUCUGGUUAUUACUGCUCGGACAGAUGAGGUGUGGGAGCCUGGGAAGACCCUGAGCAUCCCUUUCUCAGUGGUGAACAAUAGCUCUGAUGUACUCUUAAAUAUUAAUGCCAGGAAUGACCGUGGGUUUGCCACAGUAUUUCCCAGCAGCAUGUACGAUGGAAGUGGGAAUAGCACAGUAAAUAUCACUGCACCCCCAAACACUCCUUCAGGCACUCAAGUGACUCUCACCAUUGAGGCAGAAACAUCAGGAAAAAGUGAUUUCAACUAUGCUGUUCUUAAGCUUACAGUUGUUUCUCCGAUUACAGACUUCACCUCUCCAGUCUGUGAGAUUGUUAGCGUAAAUGCUAACUGCUCAGGCAACUGUAGCCUGUCGUCAUGGGAGCUCUCGGCCAACCUCACCGAUGGAAAUGGGACAGGUAUCAAGUCUCUGACUCUGCGUCAGGGGCUUGGAACCCUCAACACUACAACCAGAAUUGGGGGAGAAGGUGUAAACGUCACUCUUGCAUUCUACAGAGCCUCUUGUUGUUCUGAAGUAAUGGAACUGGUUGCUGUAGAUGGAGCUGGCAAUGUUGGCAUAUGCGUAAAGUCAAUAACAUCUGCUGUUACUACCACAGCCAACACCUUCAUGUAUACCACUUCUACAACAAACAGCAUGACUACAACAACAGCUACAACGACGACUUCCACUCCCUCCACUAAUGCCACAUCCUACAGUGCUGGAUGCAUUUUUGAUCCACCUAUCAGUUUUUGGGUUGGUGUGGGAGCCUUUCUGCUUUUCCAUGUGUUAUGCUUCUAAUCUUUUUAUACUAGAUGCCUUCACACUUAUAUUCUAUCACCCUUGCCAAGCAUUUUUGAAAUGAUCAACAGAGUCUGUGGUUUGACUUUUACUUUUGCAAUUGAUUCCUGAAUUGAAUAAUAAAAGUGUAUUAAUACUUGAUUAUUUAAUAUAUAUAACAAAGAUAAUCAGUUUCGGAUCUGAUCUGAUUUGACCUGGGCUGCCUUUCCCAAAAGCAUUGUAAGUAGAUUGUAGCUCCAUUGGUGACAAAUGAAUUGAAUUUCAUUGAAUUGAUUUUUUUUGAACAGAUAAAUGGUGAUGGUAUUAUAACUUAAACUGACAAUUUGAAAUCAUAAAAAUCAAAAGUCUGUACACAUACUAUAUUAUACUAUAUCAUACUAUUCACAUCAAAAUGACUGGCUUUAUGAAAAGAGGCAGUUUCUUGUGAUUUAUAGAUUAAUCUGUUUUUCUUUUUAUAAUUUUUAA